CGAUUCCUCGGCUCGCCAAGUUUCAUCAAUUUGUGAAGGUGUCCCAGCGGGGUGCUGGUGUCCGCCGCGUGUAUAGUGCAAGAAGGAAGUGCGCGUGUGUUGUGUUGUGUUUGAUCGUGUGCGACGGGUGGUGAAUGCGCUGAGAUGGGAAUUGCGACCGGCGACAGCGAGGAAUGUGGCGGGAACAACGCAGGCAGUGCGUGCGCACGCUUGCUGGCGCUGGCGGCAGGUGGAGCCCCGCCGGCCGGUAUCUGCCAGAUCGUCGGGGAACAGCUGGUCGGCGGCGAGUUCGACAUGGAGCUCAACUUCGUGAUCCAGGACGCGCAGAACAUCAAGCACAUGCUGGAGCUGCUGGACCACUGCCCGCCCAACCUCCAGGCGGAGAUCUGGAGCGUCUUCAUCGCAAUCUUGCGGAAGAGCGUGCGCAACCUGCAGGCGUGCACGGACGUCGGCCUGAUCGAGCACGUGCUGCACAGGCUGAGCCGCGCGGACACGGUGGUCGCGGAUCUCCUAAUUGAAAUGUUGGGCGUACUGGCCAGUUACAGUAUAACUGUAAAAGAACUGAAGCUGCUGUUUGGUGCAAUGAAGGCUGUGAACGGAAAAUGGCCCAGGCACUCCCCAAAACUACUAAAUGUUCUGCGUCAGAUGCCUCAAAGGAAUGGGCCAGAUGUGUUCUUCAGUUUCCCUGGCCGAAAAGGCUCUGCCAUCGUUCUGCCUCCUCUUGCAAGGUGGCCGUAUGAAAAUGGUUUUACUUUCACAACCUGGUUCCGUUUAGAUCCCAUUAACUCUGUAAAUAUUGAGAGGGAAAAGCCAUAUUUGUACUGUUUCAAAACAAGCAAGGGAGUUGGAUACUCGGCACAUUUUGUUGGAAACUGUUUAGUGCUGACGUCUAUGAAGGUGAAAGGGAAAGGUUUCCAGCACUGUGUAAAAUAUGAGUUUCAACCUAGAAAGUGGUAUAUGAUUGCUAUUGUGUAUAUAUACAAUAGAUGGACAAAAAGUGAAAUAAAAUGCCUUGUUAAUGGACAGUUAGCUUCCAGUACAGAGAUGGCAUGGUUUGUUUCAACAAAUGAUCCAUUUGACAAGUGCUAUAUUGGUGCUACUCCAGAACUGGAUGAAGAAAGAGUCUUUUGUGGCCAGAUGUCAGCAAUUUAUCUCUUUAGUGAAGCAUUAACGACACAUCAGAUAUGUGCUAUGCACAGACUUGGCCCUGGCUACAAAUGUCAGUUUCGGUUUGACAAUGAGUGCAACCUGAGCCUGCCCGACAAUCACAAACGGGUGAGUGAGCCGGCCGCUGCAGCCCCCGCCCCUGCCCCCUCACGCAUGCUGGACAACCACGCCUUGCUCUCUGUGUUGUAUGAUGGAAAACUGUCAAGUGCCAUUGUGUUCAUGUACAAUCCUGUAGCAACAGACAGCCAAUUGUGUUUGCAGUCUGCCCCAAAAGGCAAUAUUUCGUAUUUUGUACAUACUCCUCAUGCGCUUAUGCUACAGGAUGUCAAAGCAGUCAUUACUCAUUCCAUCCACAGUACUCUUAAUUCUAUAGGGGGAAUUCAAGUCCUGUUUCCACUGUUUUCACAACUUGAUAUGCCUUAUGACUGUGGUGUUGGAGCAACAGAUACCAAGAAAGACUCUUCACUGUGUUCAAAACUUCUUGGGUUUAUUUGUGAGCUUGUUGAGAGCUCUCAAACUGUUCAGCAGCAUAUGAUACAGAAUAGGGGUUUCCUUGUGAUCAGUUACAUGCUUCAGAGAUCAUCAAGAGACCAUUUAACACUGGAAGUGCUCAGUUCAUUUCUUGGACUGACAAAAUACCUUGUGACAUGCCUGAGCUCAAAUAGUGAACUGCUUCUGAAACAGUUAUUUUGUUUCUCGUUCCUGACGUGGCAGCUGCUGGACCAUGUGCUGUUCAACCCUGCAUUAUGGAUCUACACCCCUGCACCAGUACAAACUCGGCUCUACUCCUACUUAGCAACAGAGUUCCUUGCCGAUACCCAGAUCUACUCCAAUGUGCGCCGUGUUUCAACAGUCCUACAGACGGUGCACACACUGAAGUACUAUUAUUGGGUAACAAACCCACGUGCCAAAAGUGGAAUAACACCUAAAGGACUAGAUGGACCGAGACCACCACAGAAAGAUAUACUGGCAAUACGUGCAUACAUUCUCUUAUUUCUAAAACAGCUGAUUAUGAUUGGAAAUGGAGUAAAGGACGAUGAACUACAAAGUAUUCUAAAUUACCUCACAACGAUGCAUGAAGAUGAGAAUUUACAUGACGUACUGCAGAUGCUUAUAUCAUUGAUCUCUGAACAUCCAGCUUCAAUGGUUCCUGCAUUUGAUGUGAAGCAAGGAGUACGCACUAUCUUCAAGUUACUUGCUGCUGAGAGUCAGUUGAUCAGGCUCCAGGCACUGAAGCUCCUGGGUUUCUUUCUGAGCCGCAGCACACACAAGAGGAAAUAUGAUGUCAUGAGCCCUCAUAAUCUUUACACAUUGCUUGCUGAGAGACUGCUGCUAAAUGAAGAAACUCUGACUCUGCCAACAUAUAACGUACUAUAUGAGAUAAUGACAGAGCACAUCAGUCAACAGAUACUGUAUACAAGACAUCCAGAACCUGAGUCACACUUUAGACUGGAAAAUCCAAUGAUCUUGAAGGUUGUUGCCACAUUAAUCCGCCAGUCUAAACAGACAGAACAACUUUUGGAUGUUAAGAAGCUGUUUCUAUCAGAUAUGACGUUGCUUUGUAAUAACAAUAGAGAAAACAGGAGAACAGUUCUUCAGAUGUCAGUGUGGCAGGAAUGGCUAAUAGCAAUGGCAUACAUCCAUCCAAAAAAUACAGAAGAGCAAAAGAUUUCAGACAUGGUGUACUCUUUGUUUCGAAUGCUACUUCAUCAUGCCAUUAAGCAUGAAUAUGGAGGAUGGAGAGUUUGGGUUGAUACUCUUGCAAUUGUUCAUUCAAAAGUCUCAUAUGAAGAGUUUAAGCUGCAGUUUGCUCAAAUGUAUGAACAUUAUGAAAGGCAGAGAUCAGACAACAUCACAGAUCCAGCUGUGCGCCAGCAGAGACCUAUUAGCACAAUCUCUGGCUGGGACCAGCAGCAUCACAUUGUUAAUGGCUACCACCACAGUCACCCGACAGUCUCCAGUUGGCAGUCCUCAGCGGACAAUAAGGACAUGCCUCCUGUGUGCAGCUGUGGUCUGGGAUCACCAGAGCAUGAGGAUACUGCCAAGUGUGGCAGUGAAGAUGAUAAGCAGCCAAGUGACAUGCUUUCCAUAGGCUCAAGUACAUGCAAUCUCUAUAGUGAUGUAUGCAAAGCGGAAUCAUCAUCACUCAACAUUGAUGACAACCACAACUCUGAUACAGAUAGACCAAAGUUUGAAGCUGGUGACAGACUAGAAGAAAGUUCUCCAACACCACAAAUGGAAGGCUCAUCCCAACCCACUGUAACAACAGAGGGUAGCUCAGAAGAAGCCCUCGUGUCUCCGGUUUCUGGUACAGACGGUGCAAGUGUAGACUUAGAUGUGUACAAGGGUGACGAAGAGACCUCAAUAGAAGGAAUCAGUGGCAGUUGUGAGGAUAGUGGUGUUGUUGAAGGUUCUUAUAGUGAGGGUGCUGCUAAAGAUGUUUCAGAUGCGUGUGAGACAGCUCGUGAUGAAAAUGAGAAGAUUUUACUUUCUGAAAGCAGAGAAGAAAGUACUGAAAGCAGUGUAACAGAGAAUGUGGUGAGUGGUGUAGAUGUAGUAGAAAGUGUUAGUAAAGAUAUUGCUCAAAAACCUGAGGGAGAAAGUACUGCACAAGUGUUUGAAUUAGAUUCUUCCCAUCUUAGUUCAUUAGAGGCAGAUACUAGUUUUGAUGAAUUAGUGGAAACUAAAAGUGAAAUCCUCAAGAAAGAGUCAGAUGUUUUAGAGUUCGUUAGCAGGGAGAUGACAGUACAAGUUGAAAGGGAAGUUAUUGACAGUGACACAUCGGAAGCGUACUUGACACCGACUGACACUACUGACGUGACCAGUGAGAAGAAAGAUAAUGAAGGUGAAGAAUCAGAAGAGCGACUUCAAGAGCCAAAAGAUAAGAAUGUGGACUUGGAAGCAAAAAGUGAUGUAGAGGGAAGAGUUGUGACAGAUGAAAGUGUUCUAGUAGUGGUUGAUAAAGAUAGUGUAGAUUUUUCUCCUCUGCAUGAGGAAGACAGGUAUCAGGAUGAUGUUUCUUGUGCUGCAGACAGUGAGAGAGACCAAGAAAAUAGUGCUGUCAGUAGUGUAGGUGCCAUUGUGAUUCCUAGUGUAGAAUCUGAACCAUGCACUCACAGUGAAAUUGAAGAACGAGUGCUCAGUGAAAGUGAAAGAACAGAUUUCUUAAAAUCUGAAGUGACGGACUUUCCAGCUAGUGACAUAAGCUGUCAAAAAGCUGAGGUAGAUGAUGUAAAAGUGACUGCUGCCUCUGACACAUUAAAUAAUAAUUGUGAUAUGUUAUCUCAGAAUUCUUCUCAGGUGCCAAAUAUUGUUGAAAGUGAGUCUAAUGAAAAUAAGGCCUUUAGAACUGUAGAUUGUGAGGUAAGUGAUAGGACUACUAUUACAGUGGAAAGUGAAAUAGUGCCUCCGCAAUCGAGCGAAGAAAUUUCUGUAAAUAAUACCUCAGAUGUACCUGCAUCCACUGCUGAAACGAAAGACAGUAUGGCUAUUGAACAGGUUGGAGACACUGUGUGCACUACUGCAAUACCUACUUAUCAAGCAUCACCUCAAAAGCGGCCACACAGCUCUUCGACUUCGACACAAGUGGAUCCAGUUCACUUUGAAACAAAACGAACAAAACCAUCACCAGUGCCUCAAAAUUCCUCUCGCCCCAUGUUUAGUCCUGGGCCAACGAGACCACCUUUUAGAAUACCAGAAUUCAAGUGGUCUUAUAUCCAUCAGCGUUUGCUAUCUGAUGUCCUUUUUUCUCUAGAGACUGAUAUUCAGGUUUGGAGAAGCCAUUCAACGAAGUCUGUACUAGAUUUUGUAAACAGCAGUGAAAAUGCUAUUUUUGUUGUAAAUACUGUGCACCUGAUUUCACAAUUAGCAGACAACCUCAUUAUUGCCUGUGGUGGCCUUUUGCCUUUGUUGGCAUCUGCAACAUCACCUAAUUGCGAGCUUGAUGUAAUCGAACCUACUCAGGGUAUGCCUAUUGAAGUCGCUGUUUCAUUCCUGCAGCGGCUUGUCAACAUGGCAGAUGUUCUUAUUUUUGCCAGUUCACUAAAUUUUGGUGAACUAGAGGCUGAGAAAAAUAUGUCAAGUGGUGGAAUUCUUAGACAAUGCUUGAGACUAGUAUGUACCUGUGCUGUGCGAAACUGUCUGGAAUGUAAAGAACGCUCGAGACAGUUUCCAACACCCACUCCAACAACUGUCAACAAUAACAACAAAGCAGCUCAUCUUCAGUCACUCAUUAGAGGGGUUCAGGCGUCGCCCAAGAAUAUAGUUGAAAAUCUUGCUAGCCAGUCAAGCCCAGUAAAAGACCCAGAGAAACUCUUGCAAGACAUGGAUGUAAAUAGACUACGAGCAGUAAUUUAUAGAGAUGUGUAUUUUCGAUACCAAAUUCAGGAGGAGACCAAACAAGCACAGUUCCUGUCACUGGCCAUAGUGUACUUCAUUUCGGUGUUGAUGGUGUCCAAGUAUCGUGACAUACUGGAGCCACCUGUCGCGCCACGGCCUCCCAGCCCGGGGCCAGGUCCAGUGCUGCGGAACGAUGGCGGUUCCCACCACAGCAGCAGUCCUCCAGAGACUGGAGCGAGGCCUCUCUUCCCACAGUGGUCCCAUCAUGUUUAUCCUCAGUUCCUUCCUGGGUCUCAUCCCAAUGCUGUUCAACAGCCUUUCCUUCGCCGUCAUCCUUUUUACAAAAAUCACAACAACAACAACAAUAACAACAACAACAACAACAAUCAUGUGCCAACUAGGUAUAGGAACUCAACCAUAAAUAAUCAAGCUCACCCUCGUGAAAUAUGCCAACAACUUUCUCAUGACGAUGGUGAAUAUGAAGUAAUAGUCGUAGAUGAAAAUAACUCAUCUGUCCUGGCUGACCACGACACUCAUUCGAGUGGACCACCAUCUCUUAAGGGUAACACCCGCUCGAGAACAUCAUCACACGCUUCCUCCCUUAACCAUCCUUAUGAUGUAGAGCCAGCAGAUGGUAUUCAGAGGUACACCAGAGCUCCUACAACCAACAUGCUUGCUAACAAGAGUGGAGACUCUGCAGAAGACAGUAGUUCACUUCAGCUAAACACAACAGAGCAUAUGCAAAAUGCAGAACACAGUGAUGUAAAUGCAAUAACAGAAGAUGAGAGGUCUACACCGAUUGUCAAUGAUGAUAGCUGGACUGAUGUCAACUUAAAUGAAGAGGGUCCUGAGAUAGCAUUGUCAUCUGAUUCAAUGCAUAACAACUUGCAUGAUGGACAUGAUAACAGUCGUGGUGAAAAGCCUCGUACAGAAAUAUCUGUUGUACGUGUUCCGGAUGGUAUGUGCCCUACUCCUGCACAGAUGAGGCCAGAUGAACUGCCCAUAAAACCUAUGGUUGAACACUUGGCUGUCCCUACACCAUCUCGAGAGGCUUCACUCACACAGAAGCUAGAAAUGGCUCUGGGCUCUGUCUGUCCAUUACUGCGGGAAAUAAUGGUUGACUUUGCUCCUUUCCUCUCUAAAACCCUGGUUGGAUCACAUGGGCAGGAACUUUUAAUGGAAGGCAAAGGUUUAACAACUUUCAAAAAUAGCAAUUCUGUUGUUGAACUAGUUAUGCUCUUGUGUUCACAAGAAUGGCAGAACUCUCUGCAGAAACAUGCAGGCCUUGCAUUUAUUGAAUUGAUCAACGAGGGGCGAUUGUUAUCUCAUGCAAUGAAGGACCACAUUGUACGAGUGGCAAAUGAAGCAGAAUUUAUUUUAAACAGAAUGCGAGCUGAUGAUGUUCUGAAGCAUGCUGACUUUGAGUCACAAUGUGCACAGACACUUCUUGACCGCCGAGAGGAAGAGAGAAUGUGUGACCAUUUAAUCACAGCUGCCCGCCGUAGAGACAAUGUUAUAGCAAGUAGACUUUUGGAAAAAGUUCGCAACAUUAUGUCCAACAAGCAUGGAGCAUGGGGAUACAUGGACCCACAAGCAGCAAAAAUGAAUGAAUUCUGGAAACUGGAUGCCUGGGAGGAUGAUGCUAGACGCAGAAAGAGAUUUGUCCAUAAUCCGCUUGGUUCAAGCCAUCCAGAGGCAACUCUUAAGGCUGCACUUGAACAUGGGGCUCCAGAAGAUGCAAUCCUGCAGGCAAGAGAAGAGUUCCAUGCACAACUUGCAGCAUCCCGUGCACAACAGCAGCAACUGCAGUCUAAUGAUCUGAUGGAUGACAGUGAACUGCUAGCUGAUGACCGUGAUCUUGAUGUUGAUCUCACUGGUCCUGUGAACAUUAGUACUAAAGCAAAGCUGGUAGCACCAGGCAUUGUAGCACCUGGCAUGGUAUCUAUUACAUCAACAGAGCUGUACUUUGAAGUAGACGAGGAUGAUCCUGAGUACCGGAAGAUUGAUUCUGAGGUGCUCAAGUACUGCGACCACCUCCAUGGCAAGUGGUACUUCUCGGAGGUGCGAGCCAUCUUCUCACGUCGGUACCUGCUGCAGAAUGUCGCCAUCGAAAUCUUCCUCGCCAGCAGAACGUCCAUCAUGUUCGCAUUCCCGGAUCAGGCGACGGUCAAAAAGGUGAUCAAGGCGCUGCCCAGGGUCGGAGUUGGCAUCAAGUACGGCAUCCCGCAGACCAGACGGGCCUCCAUGAUGUCGCCGCGCCAGCUGAUGCGCAAUUCGAACAUGACGCAGAAAUGGCAGCGGCGGGAGAUCUCCAACUUCGAGUACCUAAUGUUCCUCAACACGAUCGCCGGGCGUACGUACAAUGACCUCAACCAGUACCCCGUGUUCCCGUGGGUGCUCACCAACUAUGAGACAAAGGAGUUGGACCUGAGUCUCCCUAGUAACUAUCGCGACCUCUCAAAGCCAAUUGGAGCUCUGAAUCCCAGCCGCAGAGCUUACUUUGAGGAGCGCUAUGCUAGCUGGGAGCACGAGUCCAUCCCACCGUUCCAUUACGGCACACAUUACUCCACUGCUGCAUUUGUACUGAAUUGGCUCAUCCGUGUGGAACCAAUGACGACAAUGUUUCUGGCACUCCAAGGUGGAAAAUUUGAUCAUCCUAACAGGCUGUUUUCAUCAUUGGCACUAUCCUGGAAGAACUGUCAGAGGGACACCUCUGAUGUAAAGGAACUCAUACCAGAGUUUUUCUUCCUUCCGGAAAUGCUAGUGAAUGCGAAUCGUUAUAGACUGGGCCAGCAAGAAGAUGGCACAGCUGUAGGAGAUGUAGAACUGCCUCCCUGGGCUUCAUCUCCUGAAGAAUUUGUUCGUAUCAACAGAAUGGCCUUGGAAUCUGAAUUUGUGUCCUGCCAAUUGCACCAGUGGAUUGACCUCAUUUUUGGAUAUAAACAGAGAGGCCCUGAAGCUGUCAGAGCAACAAAUGUCUUUUACUACUUGACAUAUGAAGGAAGUGUGGACAUGGACAGUAUUAGUGAUCCAGUAAUGAAAGAGGCCAUUGAAAAUCAGAUUCGUAACUUUGGCCAGACACCUUCGCAGCUUCUAAUGGAGCCACAUCCUCCUAGGAGUUCUGCAAUGCAUCUGUCUCCAAUGAUGUUCUCCAGCAUCCCAGAAGAUGUCUGCAUGACAAUGAAAUUUCCAUCUAACUCACCUAUUUGUCACAUUUCGGCAAAUACAUAUCCCCAGUUGCCACUUCCGUCCGUUGUCACUGUGACUGCAAACCAGCAGUUUGCACUAAACAAGUGGAACACCAGCUAUGCAGCAUCUGUUCAGUCCCCAAGCUACGCUGAGACUCCACAGACACCCACAGCAAAUCUUCCACUAUCAAUGGACCCUGUACUUUCACAAUCAGGCAGCAGUUCAAAUCCAGCCAUGAGAAGACAUCUUGGUGAUAACUUUAGCCAAAAGAUACGGAUACGUUCCAACUGUUUUGUAACAACAGUAGACAGCCGGUUUCUUGUUGCUUGUGGUUUCUGGGACAACAGCUUCAGAGUGUUCUCUACUGAGACUGCAAAGAUAGUUCAAAUAAUUUUUGGUCACUAUGGUGUAGUUACGUGUCUCUCACGCUCUGAGUGCAAUAUUACAUCAGACUGCUAUAUAGCAUCAGGCUCAGCUGACUGCACAGUAUUGCUAUGGCACUGGAAUGCACGAACACAAACCAUUGUUGGGGAAGGUGAAGCACCUACGCCACGUGCCACUCUCACAGGCCACGAGCAGCCCGUCACCAGUGUCGUGAUUUCUGCCGAGCUUGGACUUGUAGUAUCAGGUUCAACAAAUGGACCUGUUCUUGUUCAUACAACAUUUGGAGAUCUUCUAAGGUCUUUGGACCCUCCUUCAGGAUUCCAGUCUCCAGAGAACAUAGCUAUGUCUCGAGAGGGUGUUAUAGUUGUCAACUACGAACGUGGACACAUAGCUGCAUUUACAAUAAAUGGAAAGAGACUUCGUCAUGAAUCACAUAAUGACAACCUACAGUGUCUGCUUCUGAGCCGCGAUGGAGAGUAUCUUAUGACAGGAGGAGACAAAGGAAUUGUGGAAGUGUGGCGCACAUUCAAUUUGGCCCUCCUGUACGCUUUCCCAGCAUGUGAUAGCAGCGUUCGCUCCAUAGCUCUUUCGCAUGAUCAGAAGUUCUUAUUGGCUGGCCUUGCAACUGGAUCCAUAGUGGUGUUUCAUAUUGAUUUUAAUAGAUGGCAUCACGAAUUCCAGCAGAGAUACUGAAAGGAACCUUUGUAUUGUGCUCAUUUACUUCUGAAAAUGUGGUGUUCCACAUUUAGCUGAAAAGCCUGUGGAAAUGAAAUUCUACUUCAUUUGUUGUUAUAUGGUGCAAAAUGCAUAAAUUUGUUGAAUGGUUAAGAUAGAAAUAUUUUUGAAAUGUGUGAUGCAUGGAAUCUAUAAGAGUAUUCCCAAUGGUGUGCUUCAGACAGUUCAUCCAGUGAUCUAUUUGUAUCACAGGGAUAAUUUUGCAAGAAUUUUUAUAUAAUGAUUUUGUAGCAACAUGUCAGUUCUGUUAGAAUGUUUACACCAAUUUAUGUGUGUUCAGUAUGGAAACUAUGUGUAUUACAAACUUUGCAUCUGAGAUGGAAAUGUGUGUGUAGGUGCAUAUUGGUUUCGUCACAAGGGAAUUUACCUUCCUGUUAUAUGACAUGUUGUCAGUCAUUUUACAUUUUCAAGGUAACAUAAACAGAGAAGAUACUAUUUUCAUUUACAGUUGAGUUCCUAAGCAUUAUAUAUUUUGAAUUUGAAUUGGAGUUGCAGUAUAAUGUUCACUAAGGCAUGGCAAAACCAUAUACAGAAAAAAAUAUUCUCUGGAACAUGUACAAAAGUAUUAUAUUCUGUUUCACAUUCCGUUAAGAGCAACAUUAACUGUAAAAAGAAAAGAAAAAGUGAAAAAAAAAGAAAAAAAAUGCUGAGUUAUAAGAUGUAGUGUUUGUGAAGCAAGUAGAAUGUGCAGUAGUGUAUCGACACAAAAAUUCAAUUUUUGCCAGUUUCUGAUCAUGUGUCAUAAUUUGCUAAGAAACUGGGGAAUAAUAAAGCCAUACCGAUGAAGAGAAAUGUAACAAUAAAUUUAUUUUAGGUAAUUUGAAAUUUUUAAUACAUUUCUGUGAAGCUUUGGCUUUAAAUAUGUGUUUACACAUGAAGUGAACCAUUCAUUGUGUUUAAAGGAAGGCAAUUACAUUUGCGAAUGCUGAGACAUUGCUGUUUGAUUGUGAUUAUAUUAUGCUUGAAAUUGGACUGUACAAAUAUUAGCUAAUGCAGCUUUGUCCAAUGUUUCAUAUAAAAUAUUGUGAUACAGAACAUUGACAGAAUCGAGUAUUUUAUUGUCUGUACAUUCCAAGUGCUGUGAUUAUUUUCUUUACUCUUAGCUAAGGAAGAGAAACUGUGCUACAGCGGUUACAUGUCAUAGCAACUAUGUAAAUCUGUACAUAUUUCAAAUUUUGCAAGUACUUAAAUGAUGUCACACUAUAGAAAUAAGUGAAUUCAAUUACUAAGUUAACUUGAAUGCGUUUUCAGUUUGUUAAACAGGGGAGAACAUGUUUUAAAGAAUCUGAAACACUUUUUUUAAAAAAAUUUAUUAGUGAUAUGAUAGAGAUAUUGUGGCACAAUAAUUUCUGGGAUGGAACUGUUGGUAAAUACUACUCUGAGUACUGUACUUAAGACCACAUCACCUUGAGUUAUGACUAGCUUUAUUUUUACACCUUUUCUCUCUCCAAAGCGUGUUUUUUUUUUUUUCACCAUUCCUCAACUGUGUUGUCACUUGUCAUUCUGAAAGUAUUCUGCCAUUAAAUUUGCUUUUCUAAUGUGUUCACAUCUUGGUGGUUGGAUUGAUAUUUCAAUUGUGGUUAUGGGGUUUGUGCACCAGUGGUUUUAGAAUAAAAAAUGUAGUUGUAGUGUACUAAACACUAGUAGUGUGAAUUCCAUUUUUAGGAAAACAACAGCUGCCAAAUUUUGUAUCUCUUCCCAGAUUCAUGGAAGAAAUCUUGUUGUAUUGUUCUACAUAACUAAUUGCCUCUGCUUUUCAAAGUUCAGAAAGAAAAACCUCUGCAAAGAAAUUCAUUGUUCCCAUAUUGUUAUUAAUUUUAAAGUAUUUGAAGCAGUACUUAAUUGUAUUUUGUACAUUGUAAUGUGUUGUGAGAAGUCAACUAAAAUAUGUACUUAAUUUAAAAAUUAGUUUCUUUAGUUUGUUGUAGAUGCAGUAGAAAAUUUUAUGAAAUUGUAAAAACUUUCACAAUGAGUAUAAUUUGGUAUUAGGUUUGGUGAGUGGACAGUGUGUUUGUUAUAUGAUUUAUAAUGAUAAAAUGUAGCAAGACUAAAUUCUUUGCCCUAGCAAGCAACUAAACAAUGAGAAAAGAGACGGAGACAUCUUAAUUUAAAAACAACACACUUCUUUACUCUCCAGAUCUAAUAAGGCAUUUGCUCAGUAACUUGAUAUAAAUGAAUAAAAUAUGAUUCAAAUAUGUUG